UCGGUAAUUUAAAAAGGAAGCAGCUGCGCGCGCAAGUCGAGAACCUGAGGGAAUUAUAAGCGCGCGCGCACACAAACACGCACGGACGGGCUUUCUUUCAUCGGGGCGGUAACGAGCGCGUGCAUGCGCGCGCGCGCGCCGGUGGCGCUGCUGCUGCUGCUGUUGCUGCUAAUAUCCGCCUCCCUAAAAGCGAAGGCAGCGGCGCUAAGGGCGACCGGCCUCGGGCAGGGAAACCUCGUUUUUUCUCUGGAAGCCUUAAGUCAACAAAUACCCAGACCCCCAACAGAAGCUCAUCAUUCUGCUCAACUCAUACCUGACAACUAUAUUAAAAAUGGCUGCUAGUAAGGCAAAAAGUCAAAGCUCUCUUGCCCUUCACAAAGUAAUCAUGGUUGGUAGUGGAGGCGUUGGCAAAUCAGCACUUACACUUCAGUUUAUGUAUGAUGAGUUUGUUGAAGACUAUGAACCAACCAAGGCUGAUAGUUACAGAAAAAAAGUUGUUCUAGAUGGGGAAGAAGUCCAAAUAGAUAUUCUGGAUACAGCUGGGCAGGAAGAUUAUGCAGCUAUUCGAGACAACUACUUCCGGAGUGGAGAAGGUUUUCUCUUAGUUUUCUCCAUAACUGAGCAUGAAUCCUUUACAGCUACAGCAGAAUUUAGAGAACAGAUUCUCCGUGUAAAAGCUGAAGAGGAUAAAAUACCAUUGCUAGUAGUGGGGAACAAAUCAGACUUGGAGGACCGUCGACAAGUGCCUGUAGAAGCUGCUCGAAGUAAAGCGGAAGAGUGGGGAGUUCAGUAUGUAGAGACAUCAGCAAAAACAAGAGCAAAUGUAGACAAGGUAUUUUUUGAUUUGAUGAGAGAAAUUAGAUCCAAGAAAAUGUCAGAUAAUAAAGACAAGAAUGGCAAAAAAAGCAGCAAGAAUAAGAAGAGUUUUAAAGAACGAUGUUGCUUAUUGUGAUCUUUAAGUGCUACACUUAUAGGUGACAGUACUAACAAGACAUUUUACUACUAACCAUAGAGGACUGAAUUAAUAAGAAGAAAUCUGAAUUCAAUACAUUUUUUUCAACUCACAUUGAUAUAAGAAUUGAAGUUCAGCAGAUCCAUGUAUACCAAGAAGGAUGAUUCUUGAAAGCAGCUUUCACUGGUAAACAGUAAUGCAAGCAUUUUUUUUCCUUUUAUCAUAAGCAAUUUACCUGUUAGUCAUAUGGUGCACUCUGAAUUUACCUCCGGAUGCUGCUCCAAGGGCACUCCUCAAACAACUCUUCACCACCCUUUUUUUGUUUAAAUGGCGUUCCACCAAAGUUGUAGCUGUCUUUUCUUUCUGACUUCAUUUUGUGUGCUCUUAAAGGCGUAAGCCUUUGGUGAUUUUUUUUUUUUAAAAAAAUCACAAGUUGACAAAAUGAGCUAUUUCUAGCCUUUAAAAUGUAUAGUGCUGCUUAAAAUAAGUUAUGGUGGUGUCAGUUUUGCUGUUUUGCCAACAUAAUAGAUGGACAGUGUAAGGCUUAUCUUUUUAAAAAAACAGAAUAGUGAGCAUUUCCGUAAUGACUAUAGUAAAUUUCAGAACAUUAGUAAUUAUAUUCUGGCAAAUUAAUACUGUCUUAAAUCUGGAGUAAAUUAACUAGGCAUCUUGAUGCAGAGGAGUUUCUAAGAUUAACCCAAUUUUUCAGUACAUUUGUUGAGGAUUGUAGUAUUUGAAAUCCAAGACAUAUGAAUGACAUCAAGCUAGAAGUUUUUAGUUUAUUCCAUUGAGUAAUUCUACCCAUCCUCCCAAAGACUUGGUUUCCUCCUAAAACCUGGACAUUUUUAUUCAUGGUGCUGUGGUGGUUUGGAGUCUGUAUUGAAGCCAUAGUGGUUGCUACAUUUGGUCUCAAUGUUUAACAGAAGAAGGGGGUUUUUUUUAAUGUGAAAGUUCACAUUAUGUAGUUUCAUGAAUUGGAUACAGCCCUUGUUUUAAAAGUGGGUGGUUAAAAAAAAAAUCCACCAGUCCUUAUCCUGCACUUAUUCCAUUUGAACUGUAAAAAAAAAAAUAAGAAACUUGUGCAGAAAAUAUUUCUAGUAGUUUGUUCGAACCAGAGAAACUUAAUGGUGUAUUAUAGUUGGCUUUACUUUCUUUCUCCCAUCCGAGUUGUUGGUAUCUGCCUAGGUGACGUCAAGACAUGAAAUUCCACUCCUGAGUGAGCACGCACUAGUGUUCUCCACAUUGUGGAGCAGUGGUGGCUAAAUUAAAAAGACGGAGAUGUGCAAUCUUUUCAUAUAUAUCUAUAUCCAAGUUAAUAAGGAGCAGUUGCCAAGAAGUCUGACUCUUGGUUUCCUUGUACAAGAACUUUUUAUAAUUAUUCACUGGAUAAUGGGAUAAAGUUUGUAAAGACAGCUAAAUUUAUUCAGUUAACAAUUGUUUUUCUUUUUUUGUCACUAUUUGAUCAUUAAUGGGGUAAAUAAAAAUGGCAUGUGGAAGUAUAUCAUUACACUUUUAAAAAAUAGUUCUGGCCAAUUCAUUAAACCAUUCUUUCCCAAUUUGGUGCUCUUUUAAACGGUAAUUUUCUUCAUUUCCAAACAGGAUGUGAGAGGAACGGUCAAAAAACACCAAGCUGGAGAAAGUUCUGUUGAGCAAAUAUACUUUAUAUAAAUGCUCUUAUCUGGUUGGUCGUAAAAAUAGUUUUUCAGAUUAUAGAAUACUUUCAAAAUUCCAAGAAUAAGCAUGUAUCAGGAUGCUUUGGAAGAUUUCGAGCCCGGGUGUCAAACUCAAGUGUGUCAUGUAAUGUAACGUUUUUUGCCUUUGCAGAGCUGGGGUGGGCAUGGUGUGCGUAUGAUGCAUCUGGCCCACAGGCCACUAGUUUGACACCCCCGAUUUAGAGUAUCUAGUUUAGAUCUGGGUAUGCUUUAAGAGAGAGGUUUUUUUAAGAAUUGGGGUUAUGAGACCACAUAAAACCAAGUCACAUAAAUCAAUGAACCGGGAUUCUGUCCUUUCACUUGUUAUUUUUUUCUUUUUACAAACUUUUGAAAUUGUUAUGUCUAUAUUGGAGUAUAUACACUGUUUUCAUUUAGUAUGUGGCAUGAAACGGCUUUGGUCAUUUUCAACAAAAGCUCCGGAAGGCUCCAGAAAAGAGGCCUGUGCAUUUCAUAUGGUCCUAUACCCAUGACUUGAAAAAGUGAUAAAGCAGUUGCUUCAUAGCUGCUUCAAUUUUUCAGAAAUUGAAAAAUAAGGGAAUAAACAGGUAGCAGUAUGAAGAAGAAAAAUACAACCAUGUCUGGAUAUUUAGAAAGUUGAAGGUUAUGUCUGAGUAUAAAGAUUAGAUUUAUCAAUUAAGAUUAUUUGAAAAAAAUGCUUAAUAAUACUAAAAUAGGAAAACUAUAAAGGAGUUUUAUUUGAUUUAUAUUGGCAUAGUAAUAAAACAGUGUUAAAUGAUAUAUGAAUAUAGGCUGAAGCAGAUAUCCAGUUUACAUAUUGUUACUGUGUGUUAGAGAAGACAGAAUGUGACUAGAUAUAUUUAUGGGAUCGGGCAAGGCAAAUAAAACACCACAAGAUUGCUCUUCUAACAAACAAAAUAUGGACAAGAUUCGGUGUCAUCUGUCCUAAAUGCAGAUCGAGAUCUCAUAAUUUUCAGCUAUGGAGCUUUCAAUAAUAAAGCAUUCUUUGGGGAUAUAGUUUUGACAGGUACUGAUUUUAUGUAGCAUAAAACAAUCUGGUACCUGUGGAUUUCAUCUUGAACACAGAUGGACAAUAUGUAACUUUCCAGAUGCUGCUGAAUGUCAGCUCCAGCAAUCAUAAACAUAUAUGCUAACAGGAAGGGACACAAAGAUGUUGCAGAACCCUCUUUGGAAGAUCAAACGUUGCUCAACCCAUGGUAGAUAUUUUAUUUUGAUGAUACAUAGAAGCUUUCAGCAAUCAUGAAGGAAGGUACGGCUUCACAGAAAUCUCUAAAAUAGGUAAACAACUUCAACGAGAAACUUGAACAAAAAAAAUGGUAUUUUUAAAAAGGGAAUAUGCAGUAAGAAAGCAAGCAAAAAAGAUAUAAUUCAUGUAUCUCCAAUUUCUAUUGAACAUAAUUUAAUACUGCAUGCCCUUUAGCAUGAAGGAACUACAGAAAGUUACUGGGGAAAAUAACUUGCAUAGUUUAGGCAUUACUUUAGCAUUGUUUUUAAUCUUUGUAAGCUGCUCAGAAUCACUUGCGUGAGAUGCAUGGUCAUAUAAAUUUAGGCAUACACACAGAUUCAGAGUUUAGAAUGGAAUUUGAAACAUCCACAUGAGCCUUGCAGUUACAGAACUGUUGUAACUCUUUAGAGAGAGAUGCUAUUUAAUAUAAACUUAUAAACCAUUUCUUUUCAUGCUUUGUACAGCCUUAAUUGAUACUCUAAUCCAGUGGUUCUCAACCUGUGGGUCGGGACCCCAUUUGGGGUCGAACGACCAUUUGACGGGGGUCGCCAAACAAGGCUGUCAGCCAUUUUUUCCCCCUUUGGCCAUGUCCCUGGCACCCGAUGAUGUAUAAGUGGUUGGGGGUCACCACAACAUGAGGAACUGUAUUAUGGGGUCACGGCAUUAGAAAGGUUGAGAACCACUGCUCUAAUCCUUUAUUCAGUGGAAAUUUAUUCCUGUGUCAGAACUGCAUUGCUGCCUAAAUUCAUUAAAUUAAACUUAUUCCCCUGUAAUGUUUUAAAAAUAGAGCAAUUGAUUUAAAAGUUGUUUACUUUAAAAGACAGCCUAUGAAGUCGGUGUUACUUAACAUUGUUUAAGAAUUAAGCCAUGAUUUUGCUUGGGUUCUUUGGUUGUUAUUGAAUUAUAAUUCCCAGCAUCCCUCAUCCUUACCUAUGCUGCUUUGGUUUGUUGCAAAUUCAGAUUCUGCAUUUCCUGGCAUAAUUGCUUGACUACUUAUACUCAAGUGUUUAAAUGAAUUUCUAAUAGCAAACGGUGCACAUUCUUCAAAGGAUUUGAAAUCUGAUAGCAUCAGUGACUGUGUAUUCACAACAACUGGGGACAGUAAACAUAUAGGAAGCUGUCUCACAGUGACUCACAUCAUUGGAUCUAACUAACUCAGUAUUAGCCCCUUUGAUCAGUAGCAGUUAUCCAAAAUUCUUAAUUUGACUUUUUCAAUCUCUUGAAAUAAGUUGAGUUAUGAAAUUUGGUAUAUGUUAAGUAUAUAAAUGAAUGCAUUUUUCUCCUGCUUCUGAUUUCUAUGUAGUCCAUUAUUGCCUAUAAACCAGCUGUUGGGGAUCUGGACCUUGAGGAUCUUGAGGAACAUAGGACCCAUUUCUAAACUAUCCAUUCUAGGAAUUAUAGGAGAUGAAGUUUACUCAUACUUGGAAAAUCACAGUCAAACAUGUUUGAGCUGUAGUUGUAAAAGCAUCUGUAGAAAUUGGAUUCUACAUACAUGGCAAUUAAUAAACCAUAUAUGGUCCCAUGCGGUCAUUUUUGCAUUUAACUAUUAUAUAGUUUGAGUUGACUUCUGUGCUUAUUUUAUAAAUAUCUUACGGACCAACACUAGUCAGGCAAGUCUAAAUAACAAAAAACAGGUUGUGAGCAUGACAGUCAUUCCACAAAACAGUUGAUCAAAACAUUUGGGAUAUUAAAAUUUAGCUUUAAUUGGGAAAUAAUUUAUAAGAACCCCAAAAUUAUUUGCUCAGAAAUCUUUUAGGAGAGAGAAUUCAGAAGUAUAUAUUUUCUUGUAAUAAAAGAAAAUAAACUCUGAGACAUAUUAGAGGGAGAAAAAAAUUUAACGGAUAGCUUAUAAACUAACAUUAAUUACAGUAAUUUCUAGUGAACUCUCGCCUUCAUUUUAGAUUCAUAAAAUAGACUUGGAGACUAUAUGUAUGUAUAUAGCUGGUUGUGCAAAAUGAGAACUGAAUAGAAAUGAAAUGUGAACAAAAAAAAAAAUCUUUAAACUUUAGGUGUAAAAUAUUAAAUCAAACCUUUUGAAAUGUAAUCCUCUAUAGUUUAUACCUUUUCAAAAUCCAAAUUACAAUUCUUUUUCAUUCUCAUGCUGAUUCAUAUCAUUAAAAAGGAAAACAGCUAUUGUGAACAGAAUGUAAUUUCUGUCAAAGCUCACAAAAAUAUUAUAAAAGCAUUCCAUUAGAAUAUUGGAAAAUUCAGACUCUUAAUUUCUAUAUAUACCUUAUACUGACACUUAUUAAUCUAACUAUAUUUAUAAAGUAUAUAUUAUUAUAACCUUGCUCCUCCAAAAUAUUUUCAAGUCUCCUUGCAACUCUUCUGGUUCACAGAUAUUAUUUUCAAUGUUAUAUGAUGUAGCUCUACCAAUGAUGAUUACAUUAUGUGUACAUGAAGUUACUCUGGUUUAUCUGCGAAUAAUGGUAAAGAAACCCUAUUGAUAUGAAGGUUACUUCAGUAUUGUUUAUGAAAUAUGGUGUUUUAAGUGUUUGAAUUAUCUUUUUUCAACUUUUAAUGCAAACUGCAUUGAAAAAAAACAAAUCCCGGAUGCACUCCUGGAAAAUGUACAUGUUUGGUUCCAUAUGAGAAUGGAAUUGAAAUGAAAAGUGACACAACAGCAUAAUAAAAUUCUAAUUUCUCUUCUGA